AUGGAAGUUCUAACCAGCGAAUGGGGUUCAGCAGCAAAAGUUGUAAAUGAUGGUCCUACAUUAUGGUGGAUAAUGAAGCGGAUUAUUAAACGAGUAGAGGUAGAGUCGGUACAAGGACCGACGGGCGGGCGAGUGGAGUUGCCUUGCGACGUGAGUCCAGCUCUCUCUGCAGACAAAGUUGGCCUCGUUAUAUGGUACAAGCAAGGCCACGAAACACCAAUAUAUUCGCCAGAAGACAGCGGCCAGUACAGAUGUCGGGUAGACUUCAUAAAAUCUCCGACUAAGAAUACAAGACUCAACCUCACAGUGCUUAGUAGUGAAGGCAAUGACGAAGUGCACGGGAAUAUACUUGGACCUUAUGACAAAGGAGCAGAGGUGAAUUUAACCUGCAUAGCUGUGGGAGGUCGUCCGAUAGCAAGGGUGUCAUGGUGGAAGUCACAUGCUUUACUAGCCAAUUCAGAAGCAAGAGCUACAGUCUCAUUUAAACUUCACAGGCCUGACUUCGGUACCGACAUCACAUGUCAGGCAGUUACGGAUCCAUCAAUACCACCGUUAUCUAACAGACUUUCGAUUGAUAUGAAUUUACCUCCGCUUUCGGUGCGAAUACAAGGCGGGAAGCGACCUUUAGUGGCUGGUCAAAGUACGGAAUUACCAUGUCAAGUAGUGGGGGCCAGGCCGAAACCUGUUAUACCUUGGUGGAAAGGAGGAACCAAGUUAACUACUGUAAGGGAUUCUACUUCGAUGGAUGGAAAUAUCACCAUGAGCGUUCUAACUUUUGUGCCAGCGAUAGAAGACGCAGGGAGAGUUUUAUCAUGCAGGGCAGCUCAACCAAAAAUAUCGUACACUACUCGAGAAGAUGGCUGGAAAAUGGAGAUACAGCAUUUACCCGUCGUUACGUUGAACUUGGGUGCGAACUUAGAUGCCGAUAAAGUAGUGGAAGGAUCUGAUAUCUACUUGGAUUGUAGAGUUCGUGCAAACCCUUGGUACAGCAAUGUUCACUUCACUCAUAAUGGUAUUACAGUGAAGUCGGGCCCUGGAGUACUACUCGCAAAUCAAACUUUAGUUUUACAACACGUGUCGAGACAAGCGGCUGGUGCCUAUGUUUGUUCUGCAACAAAUACCUUGGGCGAUGGAUUAAGUUCACCCUUAAUUUUGGAUGUAAAAUAUGCUCCAACUUGUAAAUCGGAACAACCGAUCAAUAUCAGGGCAGCGAGAGGGGAAGUUGUCGAGAUUGAGUGCAUCGUAGAUGCUAAUCCUAAAGUUUCUUUAACGUAUCAGUGGUGGUUUAAUAGUUCGACACACGCGAGGCGUGAAUUGAAAAUUUCUCCUUCACACGUACAAAAUGAAGCAAGUACGUUUGUCUAUGUUGUGAACUCGUCAGCAGACUACGGCCCAGCCGUACAGUGUGUUGCGUUCAACUUAGUGGGAUCACAGACACUUCCCUGCGUGUAUCACAUUUUACCAGCAGAAAAGCCGUCAGCAGUCAGGAAUUGUGAUAUCACAAAUGUGACGUAUGAUUCCCUCACACUAAACUGUACACCAGGUCAUGACGGCGGCGUCCGCCAAACGCUUUUUCUGGAGGUGAGUGAACUUUCAUACACAUGA